GGAACUAAGAAAUUCUUUUCAUUUAUUCAAUUUUGAACAUGUUUCACAAGUUUAACAUUCGCAGCAAUAUUUUUUUUAAAAUAUAAAAUUAUGUUUAUCAUGAAAUGAUGAGCUGCCUCGGUGCUUGCAAGUUGAAGACCUGCUUAGCUAGAUCUUCCUGCAUUGCUACCGGCUACCGAAAAUUCAUUUUUUUAAUGAAAUAUUUAUAGCGUAAUUCACUUGAAAUGUUCAAGUUUGAAAGAAAAGAAACUUUGCGCGGGGCUAGAAGUCAAACUUCUUCUAAAUGAAUCCAUUAAAUAUUGUCAGUACGCUACUCCUGUUUGUGUUCUUAUAUCAAUUGCUGGCUUGCACGCCUUGACGGCAGGAAUUUGAUCCAAUGUGAAUCGUUGGCACGAGAAGGUUGGCUGGAGAAAUCAAGAAACUCUCCUUUUUUUAAAUAAUAUUUCCGUUUGGUUUUUUUGGACAGUGAGAUUAAUUAUUAUUUUUUUUUAAUUAUUAUUUUUUAUUAUGUUGAUUUUUUUUUUAUAUAUUGAAAGAACAUUUUGUAGUUUCAUGAAAAUUUAAUUUAUGGGGAAAAAAAAAAUAUAUCGCUUUAGCCAUCGUCCGUUAAAAUUCUUGGCAUUUCUGUUUCAAAUGAAGAGGUCUGGAUAGAGGUGGAUGUGUGGAUAGGACUCUUGGAUGGAGAUGACGUUUCGAUAGAUGAGGACUGUGAAUAGAGAAGGAAGAUUGGGUAGAGGAGGGUGUGUGGAUAGAGGGCGCAUGAUUGUGUUAGAGGAGCUACUGUAGGAAACCCCUCUUUCUGAGCCAUGCCAUGUCUAACAGUAGCAUUCACACAGACUGGCCUCGGCGGAGGAAUUGGGAUCCUUUUGAUUCACUCUGACUCUGAAUUGGGAUCCUUUUGAUUCACUCUGACUGGCAUUGGCCACGAGAUGAUGGGUAAAGUUCUAGCCGGACAAGUCGCUGGACAUCUAGACCGGAAAUUUACGAUGGUCCGUUUUCCAAAUGUUUAGGUUUCAACAACAGAGAUAUAUAUAAAAAUGUUCAGUUUAUGAACCAAGUUACAUCAUCUAUUUCUGAUGCGUUAUGACACUCGUAAGUCUGUGUGUACUAUGUUAUGGGUACUGUGCAAUUUUCCGCGCCAUGAAUCGAAGCGAACUCUACGGAUAACUUGGGAAUCAAAGAGUUAAUAGGUUUGUAAUAGUGUUAUACAGGUCGGUUUAGUUUUAAUGAAUGCUGAAAUUAAUUAACCCUUUGUGCGGUUCUGGUCUUCAUCUAAAUGAUUUUUUUUUACAUCAUGAAAAUGAUGGGAAUGUUUGAAAAUAAUAUGAUGGGAUUGUAGGAAAAUAAUAUCAUGGGAAUGUAUGAAAAUAACGUGAUGGAAUUGUAGGCAAAUAAUAUGAUAAGAAUAGUAGGGAAAUAAUAGGAUUGGAUAAAAGGAAAAUAAAAUAAAUCAUUUAAAUGAGAAUACACAGUUGAAGUACUAAAUGGGUAACUAUAAUCUUUUUAAAUGGGUAACUAUAAUCUUUUUAAAUGGGUAACUAUAAUCUUUUUAAAUGGGUAACUAUAAUCUUUUUAAAUGGGUAACUAUAAUCUUUUUAAAUGGGUAACUAUAAUCUUUUUAAAUGGGUAGCUAGAAUAUUUUAAGUUCCUUGGUUUGGACUUAACAUUGGUAUUUAUUUAUAGGUUUCGACCACCUUGGGUGUUGUGUGGUCUGGGCACGUCGGGAUCCACGCUCCUGUCUGUGGCGUUGCCUGCCAACAAUGUCGAAAUUCACUGUGUCCUGAAAAUAGCCUUCCACCUAAAUCUCAACACUGAGAUAGGCUAUGGGGAGAUAGGUUUACAGUAUUGAUGUUGUGGCAGGUCUGGUUUCAUUGUGUUACAAGCACAUGCACGUUAUAUUUCACCGCCUCAGCCCGUGUAACCAUUGCAUUCAUUAUUUUGAAUUUUCUUUACGUUAUUAUGACAUCAUCUAUCAGAGUGAUUCAUGUCCACUCUCUUAAACGAAGACUGUGUGACGGUGCCAUAACCAUGUUGAGGACCACUGUCUCUAAAUGCACACCCCCCCCCCACACUGUUAUAAAUGUUUACAAAUUCGACCAUUGCCUCUACUCUUUCAAGUAUCCGCCACUGGAACAACAUGACAUUUUAAAAAUCUUAAAUAGUUGCAGAUAUUAAGUAAAAUGAGAUUUGAGAAAAGAUUUCAUUUCAAAACCGAAGAACCAACGAUAAAGACAUUUUUUUUUAAAACCUGGGCCUAAUAAUUUCGUGACAGUUGCGUGAAGGCUAAAAAUAAAACCAACUAAUAACUCAAUGGCACUCUAUAUUGUCUCUAGCAAUCAAUAGUUAAGAAAGACACGUCAGAUUUAACAGACACGUCAAUGCAGAAGACAAUUUUCUGGUCCUCCAGAAAUAGCCCGCUGAAAGCCGUCACGGUUUUUACGAUUAUAUACAAUGGCGAAAGUAGGUCACCGCGACACGUAAUGGCGGUCACACGUCACAGCGCUCGGGUAUGAGGAUUUCCCUCGUUAGGUGGCGCUGCGAGCGGGGAUUCCCUUGACUUACAACGUCCAUUGCGUGUUCUUACUUUCAUAAAAGUUUGAUCAAAAUGUUCAUGUUAGUUUUAGGAUUACGUGUUCCAAACGGAAAAAAAUGACAUUAAACUUGUGGGGAAAUUGCCACGUCAUAAAUUCGUUUGACUGAAGUGGGGGGGGAAAAAAAAAGGGGGGGGGGGGAAAGAAUUUUCAGGAAGGUUUUUUUUUUUUUUUUAAGAGCCACGUCAUGGCUUUAAAACAAAAUUAGUUUUUUUUCUUAAAAAUCCGAAUGUUAGUAGGACUUAAUGUCGAACCUCAUAGUUUCAUACAGUCCAACACGUCAUGUAUGGGAAUGUUGGCAUUUAGACAAGUACUUUACGUGUCUUCCUGACGUGUAUUUUAUGACGUGUCUUAAUGACGUGUCUCAAUAACGUGGAUGUUAUUUUUUUUAAAAAAACACGAGUAACAAAAGAUCGCAAGAUCAAAAGAUCACGAAAUAAGGAAUGUGUGGGUAGUGGGUAGGGGAGGGGGGGAUUAAAAGAAUUAUUUUUCAUUUUAUGGCAUUUAUGGUUUUACUCAAUAUUUUUGUAAUCAAAAUUCCAGUACCUUCUAAUCAAUAUAUAAUUCGUAUUUUUAUGUGUAAUGCCUUACCAGAAAUCUAUUUAUUACCUAAAAGCAGGCCUAAAAACCUCAAAAAGUAAGGCGGGCCGUAAAGCUUUGUACAAAACUUGUGCGGGCCGAAAGAAAUUAGGACGGGAGAGGGGGGAAAAGCUAUAAAGAAAGUAAUAAUAAUAAUGUAUAUUUCGUUACUCCGCGGGCCGCGUAGUGAUUACUGGCGGGCCGCAUACGACCCGCGGGCCCCUUGUUGUGCACGCCUUAUCUAAAGCAAUGUUUUUCUUGUUGUUUUCAAUAUUUAAUCUCACCAUUUAAAAUGUUACGCAAUUCCGAUGGUAUAAUAAUCGCUUUCAAAACUGUAUAUUUUGUGUUCAAAGGGUACCGGUACAUUUCACGAAUCAUUUAUGGGACGAUAAGUUAAUUUCAUUUUCUUUUUUUUUUAAAUUUGUUUUUGUUGUUUUUUUUUAACUCAGAAUUUUUACAUUUUUUUCUUAAAAGAAAACAUUUAACAUAUAAUUCAUACGUGAAUUAUGGGUCAGUCAGUUAUGUGAACCGCUAUUAAACGUUUCAGUGUUGUGCCUGCACCUAUGCAGCGUGUUUGGGAACCCCUGACUGUAAAUCUGUGUGCUAGCGUCGGAGAGUACGCACAGAGAGACACAAAAAACAUUUAGAAAGAAACAUCUUCAACGCCAACGCUAAUAACACAGACAAGCUCCCUUUUAGCACAUAGCAAUGCAUUUUGUAGCAAUGAAAUGUCAAGUCUACACAUACAUACAUAGAUAUAUAUAAAUAUAUGAUGAUUUAUUGGUUUGGUCCCAUUGAGAGAUGAAAUAGGCGUCUGUAAUGUUCACCCGUUGACCCCAAUACAUGAAAAAAAAAUACUGUCGUGCACCAGUCCCCAGCAUCGCGUUGUGUUAAGUACGACGCCUGGAUCGAUAGAAUCUCCCGUCGGCCACCUAAUGCUGUGACGUGUUCACGAAACUACUGGGAAUGUGCGCCUGCUUGACGUGGCGCGUAUUUUGGUAGAAUGCGCUCAAUUUGAUUAUCUAAUGGGGGGAAUUUCUUUUAACUGAAAAAAAAAUCUUACAUUUAUUAUGAAGAACACGUCAAUUUCUCGUAUGCCUUAAUUCAUGUCCACCUAAUGUCACAAGGUAUAUAAGGCCUAAAUUUAAACGAAUAUUUUACUAAUCUCUAGAAUAUCUUCACUUAAACUUUCCAAAAUUAUCCUAUCUUUGCAUAAGUUAAAGCAAAUUUGAUACAGUUUAAGUAUCUAUAAGGUAAAUAUUUUUCUUAUCUUGAAAAAAAAUGAUCAAUGAUGUAGAAUUGAAAUGGUUGAUUGAAGGAAUUUUUAACUCUAUCACUAACUUAGCUGAUGUAAUCAGAAAAAAAAAAAAAAUUGAAUUCUAACUCUCUUUAUUAAACAGAUGAACAGUUUAAAAUAAGAUAAGAAAAUAUUUUUUUAUUCAUCCAAACAAAUGAAAAUGUUGUUUUUUUUCAUUUUGCAUAUACAUUUUCAGCACCCAAAUAAAUAAUCGUUUAAUAAAGUACUUAUUUUUCAACUAAAACAAUGUAAACACAAGGCAUCUAUAACGGUCGAAUUUUUGUAAAAGAUCUUGAAUUUUAACCUAGUAUCUGUCCUCUUUAAAUCUGUCAUCUUUUUAUCUGACAUUUUGAUACAUUUCAACUUUAAAUAUGUCAUCUUUAUAUAUAUGUCAUCAUUACAUGUCAUCUUUAUAUAUGUCAUCAUUAUUUUUUUUUAAAAAUUACUCGAUUAGCGUAUAAAGUUUCACUAUAUAAAGAACACAAUCUUUUUAUCAAAUUUUUAUCGAGUUUAAACUUUAUUGUAUAUGGCAACAAAUUAGAUGUGUAACUGUAAGCGUUAAAUAUAUAUUCAAUAAUCAUGUGUAAGCGUUUCAUAUAAAUUCAAUGCAAGCAAAACAUAUUUAUUUGUGUGAGCAAAAUAAUUCACCCACCUUUUGAUUUAACUUAAAAAAUUUGUAAAAUUGUUAUAUAUCUUUUAUGUGUUCUUAUUGUUGUUUUUUUUUUUUUGUAUAUAAUUUCUUAAUUUAUACAUAUAUUUUACAGACACAAUCAAAGCCAUGGCAGCACCAGUCAAGAAUUUCAUAGACUUGCAGCAAAUUGUAAAAGAGUGGAAGAAUCUCGAAGGCGUGAAAGGUAAAAACAAUAUGGCUUAAUAAGAUUAUAAACAUAAAUUCCAGUUUUGUGCAAACUAACUGUAUAUUUUUUUUUAAUUUAUGAAAACAUAAGGAUGAGUUCCACACACAAUACAUUUUUCUUUUUGAUAUUCCACCAUUUAUUGCCAGCAUUUUCUAUUCCGUCAAUCAAUGACUUGUGUCUAAUAAUUUCAUUUGACUUUUCAUUCAGGCGACUACCACUUGAAGAAUCUGAAACUGGAAGUCACCAAUAUCGAGUGGACAAACGUCACAUGUCUGUCUGAUCCCCAGCAUGCAAAAACGUCACAGGUACUCGCUAACACAUCAGCUUAGAAGGCAAAUUGCUGUAAAUACUUUUUUUUAAAAAAGCUAUUGAAAUUAUUGGAUAUGGUUUGAGAUUAUGUCCGAAACAAAAUCACUCACUAUAGGAGGAACUUCCGUUAUCUUAUAUCAAAAUUCGUGUUUUUGUAUUUUAUUUAAAGGAGAUCCCGACUGGGUUUUUUUUUUUGUACAUGUAUUUUACGUCAUCAACCGCUGCUCUAUUUCCUUUGUUUCUGUUUUUAAGGCGUCUGCUGAGUACGUCACACAACAAAAUCAGCGCUGCGCCAACAUCAAGGUCAAAGUUAAAUCUAAAAAAGGCACCCACGUGACCAUUAACACAGGUGUUGUGUCAGGUAAACAUUUUGUUGUUGUUGUUUGUUACGCACUGCUGUCUAUGGUGAGAAAUUAAUCUCUUAUUUUAAGUUACGGCUCGUUCUAAACAGUGCACAACAAAGGACGAUACCAUAUAGGAAAUACAAUAACGAAAAUACGACACUCAAAACAGUACCAAUUCAAUUUAUAAGAUUUAUUUAAUUAUUAAUAUAAUUACAUAACAAAAGAAACAUAAUUACAAUCAUCAACUUACAGAGUAUGUGAUGUCUUGCACCGGUGCACAGUUAAUACAAUGGGCCAAUUAAUAAGGCACAAUGAUUAAAGCGAAUAAACACACAUAAGUAAACAGAAUAACACACGCUUGUCUCGUGAAGACAAAAAAUAUCCCUCCUUCUCAAUAUUGCUCUCUUUGCUUUUAUAGUCGGCUCUACUGCAAAUUCUAGGCAUAUUCCGGAUUGUAUUAGCAACUAGAACAUUCCACAAUUGACUAUAAUUUCCUUAAGCCUUUUGGGUCAACCAAAACAGGCGAUAGCUUAAUUUGUGGUAAACAAGAUCAAAGGAAAUAAGCCACACCCUAUACGAACGCAGCGUCUGCUAGUGAUCUCAGCACAGGGGGAAAUAUGACGUAAACAUGCCCUACAUAGCAUCGUUGUUGUUGUUGUUGUUAAGUAGUAAAGCGAAACGAAAUAAAAUGACUCAAUAAAGAAAUAGAUUUUUAAUAAACUUGAUAUCACGAACUCGGCCUUUAGAAAAGUGGAACACAAAUUCUAGGGACUUGAGCUACAUUCUAGCUUUAAAAUAUGUAUUUUUGCUGUGCCCUAUUCGAUAAGUUGCCCUUUUCAUGUGUACUCACACUUCAUUUUUCUGGCUUAUCCCACUUUAAAUCAACCUCAAUCUUCCUUUUUUGUAUUACAUUCAUGCGCCCAUGUCAUACAAAUAUCAGACAAUUAUACAUAUAUCGUUGACAUGUAUUGCAGAUCUGCACCAAAAUUUUAAACUGCCCUUGGCUGGACUUCCCCAAAACAUCAUCGACGCCACUGGACCCUCCCUUGAGAUUGACGUCGGCGUUUCUGAGACUGACAGAAAUGCCCAGACGCUGAAGUACUUUACCGACUUCCCCCACACCAUCGACCAGACGGACAGCAACGCGCCAACCGUGGCGCGAGCAGAGGUUGCAUCGAGGACUGGAGAUUAUGUUGGUGAGUUAUAAUGAAUCAUUAAAUCUCAGUUCAGCCGGUUCUUAACCUGUCAUCCGCGGAACCCUUUUCACUUCGUUCAGGGGAUCUGUGGUUGCUCUAGGAAACCCCUAAACACCAUUAUCUUGUAAGAGAUAGAGUUUGGUCUGAAAGGGGCUCCCCCAUGGAAAUUGAUUCUUAACAUUCUUAAAAAAAGAUCCGUGAAACAAAAUGUUGGUUACCUGUGGGUCUAGUUAAUUCGUUGUUGCCUAGUUCAUUCCUCGAUAUUUAUGCCAUUAUUGUUCAUACACAACUUGUUAACUUGUUUAUUUAUAACACACGUCUGUCCAAAACUGUUAAUAACUGAGUAUUGUUAUCAACAGCUCAGUUCACUGGGACUGCUCAGCUUGAAGGAGAAGUUAUCUGCAGCGACGGCCGCUCGGUGGAGCAGGCUCCCAUUGGUGAGGUGGUCACGUGCCUCAAGUCCAAGUCAAAACACGUGGACAAGCUGUGUGUGACCGGACAAGGCCUGCACGUGGAGUGGAAAAUUGGAGGGGAAUGUCAUUUCUUUCUGGGGACCGAUGUCACUGUGAGCUGGAAGUAGCUGUGAGUGGGAGAAUCUGAGAAGGCUCUGGUGUAAGAGCGAGAUGUCACUCAGAAUGUCACUCAGAAUGUCACUCAGAAUGCCACUCAGAAUGCCACUCAGAAUGUCACUCAGAAUGCCACUCAGAAUGUCCCUCAGAAUGUCACCCAGAAUGCCACUCAGAAUGUCACUCAGAAUGCCACUCAGAAUGUCACUCAGAAUGCCACUCAGAAUGUCACUCAGAAUGUCACUCAGAAUGUCCCUCAGAAUGUCACCCAGAAUGCCACUCAGAAUGUCACUCAGAAUGCCACUCAGAAUGUCACUCAGAAUGCCACUCAGAAUGCCACUCAGAAUUGCCACUCAGAAUGCCAUCUAGGGACAUAUCAAAUACAGCACAAAAUGUAUAGAUAUUUUUUUAACUUUUAUUUCUUCUGCAUUAAAUAAAAAUCAAUAACAUUGAACAGUUAUAAUAAAAAUAAAGAUUUGAGUUUAGAAAGGGUAACUAGUUUAGACAUUCACUGUAGCAUUCAUACUCAUUUUGUUUUAGCCUCAGAGUUAUUUUUUCUGUCUUGUUUUUAAAUAAAUGAUGACCCACAUUCUUUAUACUCAUAGUUCGUGUAUUCCUAAACUUCUUGUGCAUUUACUACUCUCCAAACCAAACACUUUUUAAUUCAUUAUAAAGCUUGAGCCAUACAUUUUUAAAAUAAUUUUUUGAUAACUUAGAAAUAGAAACUUCUUUAAUUACUGCUAAUAUUUAAAAAAAAAACAAUCCAUUUAAGUAUUGUAAUUUUUAAUUAUUUUUUUUAAGGAAAAAAAUAACAGAAAAAAAUUGGGAUAAAUUAAAUGGUUCGAAAAGUUUUGUUUAUUUUCACAGUUUUUAUUAUAUACACUUAACAAUACUCGUAAACCAAAGGAAAUGAAAUCUCUCUUUUUUUUUUUUUGCAAUGAAAUGCAUCACGUGAUAUGCUUCAUAUGUCAGUUAAAAUACUCAAUAUUCACAUAUUGAAUUAAGCCAAAUAUUUUCCAAUGGUUUGAUUUAAUAUAACAUCGAUUAACACAAGGUGAAAAAAAAAUAGAUUUAAAAAUGUUUUUUUUUUUUUUUUAAAUGAUCGACCUUAAAUAUUCUUUGUGUUAUUAAAUUUCUUUUUAAAUUAUGAUUUUUGAAUCGCCGGUGUACCGGUACUUAAAAUAAAAAUGUUAAAAAAUUAAUUUUUGUUUUGUUUUCUGGAAAGAACUUUGUAAAAUUUAAUAUUUUUAUGUCUCGGCUAUUAUUAGUCACAAAUAAUCGCGCAAGGACAGAAAACUCUUUGACAAAUGAAUACAGUUUUUGGUGUGUUAGGAGUACAGAUACAAAAAUUUCACACAAAAAACUUCUUCUGUUAGUUGUUGUUGUUAUUUUUAUUACGUCAUAAGCAAAGGCAUUUAUAAAUACAUUCCUUUAUAAUGUAUUAGUUUCGUAUUAUUUAGAUCUCAUUUUUAAAUUGAAAAAAAACAAUAAACUACGAACACGAAUUUUUGUCUCUUAUGUCUAUUAAUAAAUAAUUUUAUUUUUU